AUGGCCUUUUUCCUCCUUCUCAGCCUUGCAUUGUGCUCUCUUGCAUCCCCUCUCCUGAAACGACAAGCGCCAGCAGGCGUCCCGCAAUACGUGCUCGACUACGCGCCAAUUGUAUACCUCUACUCUGGGGAGAAGUACCUUCCCUCAGACAUCGGCGCCCAGCUCACCAACACCCACCCCGAUCUCAACUUUACAGCCAUCACCGACGGCCCGAAGCCUCUAACCCUCGACAACCUCAACGAGCUCAACAAUGUCAACGGCGCCAACGAUGGCGCCAACAUCUAUCUGACUUCUAACGAGAACGUCGCGACUAACCCCGCAUACCUCAAUGGAGUCUUACCCGACAGCAAAGGCAGCACCAGCCCUGCGGUCUCCUGCGCCGUCAUCGUUGUUGACCGGGGCAGCAACUCUGUCGAUGCCUUCUUUAUGUACUUCUACGCCUUCAACUACGGUGGCUCGUAUGUAGAUUACGUUAUCGGCGACCACGUGGGCGACUGGGAGCACAAUAUGGUCCGCUUUCAGAAUGGUGUGCCGCAGGCUGUGUGGUAUAGCCAGCACUCGAACGGAGAAGCGUUUACUUAUAAUGCUACGGAGAAGUACAACAACGGCGUUAGACCAAUCUCGUACUCGGCGAACGGCACGCAUGCCAAUUAUGCGAUUACAGGCAAGCAUGACCACACCAUUCCAGACGUCAACCUGCCAGACGGCCUCAUAGUGGACUACACCGACAAGGGGCCGCUGUGGGAUCCCACGCUGAGCGCAUACUACUACACCUACGACGAGGGCACGGAGAGGUUCGCAGCGUACAACGACAGCACGCCGGUGAACUGGCUAUAUUUCCUCGGAGCCUGGGGAGACGAGCAGUACCCCACGUCGAAUCCCGACCAGGACUGUCCGAUACCCGACAUCACCGAGCUAUGCAAAUACGUCUCGGGCCCCACGGGUCCAAUCACCAAAGAUCUCAACAGGACGGAAGUGUGUCCGGAUAACGGCAUCCCCUGUAUAAUCAGGCCGGUCCUAACACCGUAGAAGUCGACCAAGAUAGAGUCAAAAUCGGUCUGUGUAUUACAGACAUUGCGCUGCUUCGGAUUGCCUAUUCCAGUGGAAGUCGCGCGUAUUUUUACCUGUGGCGCUGCGGUGCAUGUUCUUUUUCUAGAAGCGCCGGGCAGCUCCAGACCAGCGCCCGCGGCGCAGUGCAUUGAAA